GCCGGAAGCGCGUCCCGCCGAGCUCUGUCCUCUACUCGGCAAGGAUCGCGGCGCUUCACGGGGGCCCUCCGGGGGCUCUUGGACUGCGCUGAACCUUGGGGAGCCAGCAAAGGAAAAGCGACGGUGGGCCGACGGGAAAGGAGAGAAGGGAAGGUCAUAUAUCGAGGCAUCUCCUCUCCGCGGAGGGACUCUGUUUUUUUGCGGUGGCGGAAGGACUUGACAGCACAUUAACUUCCGGAAAGUCCGGGAUCUGAGAGGAAAAGCCCUGAAGGAAACAAUAACAAACAGCAGGAAGAGGCGAUUCUGUGUUUCUGUGUAGCGUAGUUGUCUAAGAAGAUGCUUUUCGGCCCUCGUGAGGCGAUGUGAAAGGGCUCGGUGGACUCCAGCUAACCUUUGUCCACCUGUUUCCCACAGGAGUCCCUGGCUCUUGCCAUGGCGGGCGUGGGGCCGGGGGGCUACGCGGCGGAGUUCGUGCCACCUCCGGAGUGCCCAGUCUUUGAGCCCAGCUGGGAGGAGUUCACAGAUCCGCUCAGCUUUAUCGGCCGCAUCCGGCCUCUGGCUGAGAAAACCGGCAUCUGCAAAAUCCGACCCCCUAAGGAUUGGCAACCACCAUUUGCAUGUGAAGUAAAAAGCUUUCGUUUUACUCCUAGAGUGCAGCGCCUGAAUGAACUUGAGGCAAUGACCAGGGUGAGACUGGACUUUUUGGAUCAACUGGCAAAAUUUUGGGAACUUCAAGGAUCUACUUUGAAGAUCCCUGUGGUUGAGAGAAAAAUCCUGGAUCUUUAUGCAUUGAGCAAGAUUGUUGCCAGCAAAGGAGGUUUUGAAAUGGUCACCAAAGAGAAGAAAUGGUCUAAAGUGGGUAGCCGCUUGGGGUAUCUGCCAGGAAAAGGAACUGGGUCCCUUUUGAAGUCCCACUAUGAAAGAAUUCUCUACCCAUAUGAACUUUUCCAGUCUGGUGUGAGCCUUAUGGGUGUACAAAUGCCUAAUUUAGAUCUUAAGGAAAAAGUGGAACCUGAGAUUCUCAGUGCUGAUAUCCAGACUUCCCCAGAGCCAGGCACCAGGAUGAACAUUCUGCCUAAGAGAACAAGACGAGUCAAGUCUCAGUCAGAAUCUGGAGAAAUGAACAAAAACACAGAACUGAAGAAACUUCAGAUUUUUGGGGCUGGACCCAAGGUUGUGGGCCUGGCAGUUGGAACAAAAGAUAAAGAAGAUGAGGUCACCCGAAGACGAAAAGUUACCAACAGGUCAGACGCAUUUAACAUGCAAAUGAGACAACGGAAAGGAACUCUCUCUGUUAACUUUGUUGAUCUCUAUGUGUGUAUGUUUUGUGGUCGGGGAAACAAUGAAGAUAAAUUGCUUUUGUGUGAUGGAUGUGAUGACAGCUAUCAUACAUUUUGUCUAAUUCCACCACUACCUGAUGUUCCCAAGGGAGACUGGAGGUGUCCUAAGUGUGUUGCUGAGGAAUGUAACAAACCUCGAGAGGCCUUUGGAUUUGAACAAGCCAUACGAGAGUAUACACUUCAGAGCUUUGGAGAGAUGGCAGAUAAUUUUAAGUCUGAUUAUUUCAAUAUGCCAGUCCAUAUGGUUCCCACAGAACUGGUAGAAAAGGAAUUCUGGCGGCUGGUUAGCAGCAUUGAAGAAGAUGUUAUUGUAGAGUAUGGAGCUGAUAUUUCCUCAAAAGACUUUGGAAGUGGAUUUCCUGUGAAGGAUGGUCGGAGAAAGAUGUUGCCAGAAGAGGAGGAGUAUGCACUUUCUGGUUGGAAUUUGAAUAACAUGCCUAUCCUGGACCAGUCUGUUCUUGCGCACAUUAAUGUAGAUAUUUCUGGUAUGAAGGUGCCAUGGCUGUACGUGGGAAUGUGUUUCUCUUCUUUUUGCUGGCACAUUGAAGAUCACUGGAGUUAUUCCAUUAACUACUUGCAUUGGGGUGAGCCAAAGACAUGGUAUGGUGUACCAUCUCAUGCUGCAGAACAACUGGAAGAAGUGAUGAGGGAGCUGGCCCCUGAGUUAUUUGAGUCCCAGCCUGAUCUGCUACAUCAAUUAGUCACCAUUAUGAACCCCAAUGUGCUAAUGGAGCAUGGUGUGCCUGUGUACAGGACCAAUCAGUGUGCAGGCGAGUUUGUUGUGACAUUUCCUCGUGCCUAUCAUUCUGGAUUUAACCAGGGCUACAACUUUGCUGAAGCUGUGAACUUCUGUACUGCUGACUGGUUGCCCAUUGGACGUCAGUGUGUAAAUCAUUACCGACGCCUAAGGCGGCAUUGUGUCUUUUCACAUGAAGAACUCAUUUUCAAGAUGGCGGCAGACCCAGAAUGCUUAGAUGUGGGACUGGCUGCUAUGGUUUGCAAAGAAUUGACUCUCAUGACUGAAGAAGAAACACGACUAAGGGAGUCUGUUGUACAAAUGGGUGUCCUGAUGUCAGAAGAAGAAGUGUUUGAACUUGUUCCAGAUGAUGAGCGACAGUGUUCAGCAUGUAGAACCACAUGUUUUCUUUCUGCUCUCACAUGCUCCUGUAAUCCUGAGCGGCUUGUAUGUCUCUACCAUCCAACUGAUCUGUGCCUCUGCCCCAUGCAGAAGAAAUGUCUUAGAUAUCGUUACCCGUUAGAAGAUCUCCCUUCUCUUCUUUAUGGUGUAAAAGUCAGGGCACAAUCCUAUGACACUUGGGUCAGUCGUGUUACAGAAGCAUUAUCUGGUAACUUCAACCACAAGAAAGAUUUGGUUGAAAUGCGAGUAAUGCUGGAAGAUGCUGAGGAUAGGAAAUAUCCCGAAAAUGAUCUCUUUCGAAAGCUUAGGGAUGCUGUAAAAGAAGCUGAGACUUGUGCUUCUGUGGCCCAGCUGCUUCUGAGCAAAAAGCAGAAACACAGGCAGAGCCCAGAUAGUGGGAGAACUCGGACCAAGCUGACAGUAGAAGAAUUGAAGGCCUUUGUCCAACAACUUUUUAGUCUUCCAUGUGUUAUCAGCCAAGCUCGACAAGUAAAGAAUUUGCUUGAUGAUGUGGAAGAGUUCCAUGAACGAGCUCAGGAAGCAAUGAUGGAUGAAACCCCAGAUUCUUCCAAACUCCAGAUGUUGAUAGACAUGGGUUCUAGUCUAUAUGUGGAGCUACCUGAAUUACCUCGACUGAAGCAAGAGCUACAGCAGGCUCGGUGGUUGGAUGAAGUAAGAUUGACCCUCUCAGAUCCACAGCAAGUCACUUUGGACAUCAUGAAAAAACUGAUUGACUCUGGGGUAGGGUUGGCACCCCACCAUGCUGUGGAGAAAGCAAUGGCUGAGCUACAGGAGCUCCUUACAGUGUCUGAAAGAUGGGAAGAAAAGGCUAAGGUCUGCCUACAGGCAAGACCUCGGCACAGUGUGGCAAGUUUAGAAAGCAUUGUCAAUGAAGCCAAAAACAUUCCAGCUUUUCUACCCAAUGUGUUGUCUCUGAAAGAAGCCUUACAAAAGGCUCGAGAGUGGACAGCAAAAGUGGAAGCUAUUCAGAGUGGCAGCAACUAUGCUUACUUGGAACAGCUUGAAAGCUUAUCUGCUAAAGGGCGCCCUAUCCCUGUACGACUUGAUGCACUGCCACAGGUGGAGUCACAGGUGGCAGCAGCACGGGCCUGGAGAGAACGAACAGGGCGGACCUUUCUUAAGAAAAACUCCAGCCAUACAUUGUUACAGGUGCUGAGUCCUAGGACUGACAUUGGUAUAUAUGGGAGUGGUAAAAACAGAAGGAAAAAAGCAAAAGAAUUAGUAGAAAAAGAAAAAGAAAAGGAUGUAGACCUUGAGCCUUUGAGUGAUUUGGAGGAAGGACUGGAGGAAACCAGAGAUACAGCCAUGGUGGUGGCAGUAUUCAAAGAACGAGAGCAAAAAGAGAUUGAAGCCAUGCAUUCCUUGAGAGCAGCCAACCUAGCCAAGAUGACCAUGGUGGACCGCAUAGAAGAAGUAAAGUUUUGUAUUUGUCGUAAGACAGCUAGUGGCUUCAUGCUACAGUGUGAGCUCUGCAAAGACUGGUUCCAUAACAGCUGUGUUCCCCUUCCUAAAUCAAGUUCCCAGAAAAAAGGAUCCAGCUGGCAGGCUAAAGAAGUUAAAUUCCUUUGUCCUCUUUGUAUGCGGUCUCGAAGGCCCAGGCUAGAGACUAUACUGUCACUGCUGGUAUCCCUUCAGAAGUUGCCUGUACGAUUGCCUGAAGGAGAGGCCCUUCAGUGUUUGACAGAGCGUGCCAUGAGUUGGCAGGACAGAGCCCGGCAGGCCCUAGCCACAGAUGAACUGUCGUCUGCCCUGGCCAAACUGUCCGUGCUAAGCCAGCGGAUGGUUGAACAGGCAGCACGAGAAAAAACUGAAAAAAUCAUCAGUGCAGAACUCCAAAAAGCAGCUGCCAAUCCAGACUUACAGGGACAUUUAUCUAGUUUUCAACAGUCUGCUUUUAACCGCGUGGUGAGCAGUGUAUCAUCUUCUCCUCGACAAACAAUGGACUAUGACGAUGAAGAAACAGAUUCUGAUGAGGACAUUCGGGAGACAUAUGGCUAUGACAUAAAGGACACAGCCAGUGUGAAGUCCUCUAGUAGUCUAGAACCCAAUCUCUUUUGUGAUGAGGAAAUUCCUAUCAAGUCAGAGGAAGUGGUAACUCAUAUGUGGACAGCACCUUCAUUCUGUGCAGAACAUGCUUAUUCUUCUGCUUCUAAAAGUUGUUCUCAAGGUGGGAUGGAUAGCAGGGUCUCAGGCACAACCAGUAAUGGAGAAACAAAACCAGUGUAUCCAGUCAUGGAAAAGGCAGAGGAAGAUGGCACUCUGGAGCGGGGGCACUGGAAGAACAAGACGGAAUUUGUGCUGUCAGUAGCCGGGGAGAUCGUUGGCUUAGGCAACGUCUGGAGGUUUCCCUAUCUCUGCUACAAGAAUGGGGGAGGCGCCUUUUUCAUCCCCUACCUCAUCUUUCUCUUUACCUGUGGCAUUCCUCUCUUCUUCCUGGAGACAGCACUGGGCCAGUACACGAGCCAGGGGGGCAUCACAGCCUGGAGGAAGAUCUGCCCCAUCUUUGAGGGCAUUGGCUAUGCCUCCCAGGUGAUUGUCAUGCUCCUCAACAUCUACUACAUCAUCGUCCUGGCCUGGGCCUUCUUCUACCUCUUCAGCAGCUUCACUGCUGACCUGCCCUGGGGAAGCUGCCAACACGAAUGGAACACAGAGAACUGUGUGGAGUUUCAGAAGACCAAUGGCUCCAUGAAUGUGACCUCUGAGAAUGUCACCUCCCCUGUCAUUGAGUUCUGGGAGAGGCGUGUCCUAAAGAUCUCUGAUGGCAUCGAGCACCUGGGGGCCCUGCGCUGGGAGCUGGCCCUGUGCCUCCUGCUGGCCUGGAUCAUCUGCUACUUCUGCAUCUGGAAGGGGGUCAAAUCCACGGGCAAGGUGGUGUACUUCACAGCCACAUUCCCUUAUCUCAUGCUGGUGGUCCUGUUAAUCCGAGGGGUGACACUGCCUGGGGCAGCCAAAGGAAUUCAGUUCUACCUGUACCCUGACCUCACACGUCUGUGGGAUCCCCAGGUGUGGAUGGACGCAGGCACCCAGAUCUUCUUCUCCUUUGCCAUCUGCCUGGGCUGCCUCACGGCCCUGGGCAGCUACAACAAGUACCACAACAACUGCUACAGGGACUGCAUCGCCCUCUGCUUCCUCAACAGCGGUACCAGCUUCAUAGCCGGCUUUGCCAUCUUCUCCAUCCUGGGCUUCAUGUCCCAGGAGCAGGGUGUGCCCAUUUCUGAGGUUGCCGAGUCAGGCCCUGGCCUGGCUUUCAUCGCCUACCCUCGGGCUGUUGCAAUGCUGCCCUUCUCUCCUCUGUGGGCCUGCUGCUUCUUCUUCAUGGUCAUUCUCCUGGGACUCGAUAGCCAGUUUGUGUGCGUAGAGAGCCUGGUCACAGCGCUGGUGGACAUGCACCCCCAGAGGUUCCGCAGGAAGAACCGGAGAGAGAUCCUCAUCCUGGUGGUGGCCAUCAUUUCCUUCCUUUUUGGGCUGGUCAUGCUCACAGAGGGUGGCAUGUAUGUGUUCCAGCUCUUUGACUACUAUGCAGCCAGUGGCAUGUGCCUCCUGUUUGUGGCCAUCUUUGAGUCCUUCUGUGCGGCUUGGGUUUAUGGAGCUGGACGCUUCUAUGACAAUGUUGAAGAUAUGAUUGGGUACAGGCCAUGGCCUCUUAUCAAAUACUGCUGGCUCUUUUUCACACCAGCUGUGUGCAUGGCCACCUUCUUGUUCUCCUUGAUCAAGUAUGCCCCGCUGACCUACAACAAGAAGUACAUGUACCCAUGGUGGGGUGAUGCCCUGGGCUGGCUCCUGGCUCUGUCCUCCAUGGUCUGCAUUCCUACCUGGAGCAUCUACAAAUUCAUCAGCCUCAAGGGCUCCCUCAGAGAGAGAGUUCGCCAGCUCUUGUGCCCAGCUGAGGACCUGCCCCAGAGGAGCCAAGCAGGACCCCCCACCCCUGCCACACCCAGGACGUCUCUUCUUCGACUCACAGAACUGGAAUCAAACAUCUAGGGGCAGGCCCUCAGAUGGAGCCUAUGGGCCUGGCUAGGGCAUAUCAGUAGGCCAGAGGGCAAAAGGCUCACUGUGCCUCUCUGUCCUCACCCUGGGCAGACAAGACAAUGGAGAGACUUUGGAAUCUGCCUUUGGAGUUGGGUGCCUCCCAUUCCUGCUUCCCUGGUCCACCCCGGGUGGUUAAAACAGGUGUGAGAUGCCAGUGUCCAAAGUACCUCUGGAGGCAGCUUGGGGAGGCCGAUGGGGGCACUAGGGGGCGGAGAGCAGCUGGCCUCUGGCCUCCUCCCUGCAUUCCAUUAAAUCCAUCUUCUUCCCAGAGCGCUUGCAUCCAGUCUG